AAUUUCUUUUUUAUGAUGUCGCCGACAGAAAUAGGCACCUACGUAAGUAGCUUGGGACUGUGCAAAUCUAUCAGUACUUUGAUUUUUAUCCGAGCCGCAUGGAUUCCUGAUUUAGAUCAAACUAAUUACCGCGAAAAGAUUUCUGAGAUUGGUGUCGAGACUCUCAGGGGACAACUCUCUGAUAGAUUCGAAUUUCUACUCAAAGAGAAGGGACUUCAACACUUGCCUGAAGGCUAUACAAUUCCGUACGUGAUGAAUCAAGUCCAUAACAACAACAAGACCAAUGAUAUACCCACACUAAAGGGAAUCUGGGAAAAUGUGAAUAUCUAUGGGCUUCAUAGUCAAUAUUAUCAAGAAGCGCUCGACAUAAUGGAUGAUUUGUGGGGCGCGAGAACCCACAGCCCCCUUGAGCAAUUUUCCAUUCUCCCAUUGAUUCCUAUGAAUAUAGGAAACUUGUAUUUCUCAUUCACAAAUCCAUCUUUGUUUAUGCUGCUAACUCUCAGUUUGGUCCUACUUCUGGUUCAUUUUGUUACUAAAAACGGAGGAGGAAACCUAGUACCAAAUGCUUGGCAAUCCUUGGUAGAGUUUAUUCAUGAUUUCGUGCCGAACCCGGUAAACGAACAAAUUGGUGGUCUUUCCGGAAAUGUUAAACAAAAGUUUUUCCCUCGCAUCUCGGUCACUUUUACUUUUUCGUUAUUUCGUAAUCCCCAGGGUAUGAUACCUUAUAGCUUCACAGUUACAAGUCAUUUUCUCAUUACUCUUGGUCUCUCAUUUUCUAUUUUUAUUGGCAUUACUAUAGUGGGAUUUCAAAGAAAUGGGCUUCAUUUUUUAAGCUUCUCAUUACCCGCAGGAGUCCCACUGCCGUUAGCACCUUUUUUAGUACUCCUUGAGCUAAUCCCUCAUUGUUUUCGCGCAUUAAGCUCAGGAAUACGUUUAUUUGCUAAUAUGAUGGCCGGUCAUAGUUCAGUAAAGAUUUUAAGUGGGUUCGCUUGGACUAUGCUAUGUAUGAAUGAUCUUUUAUAUUUCAUAGGGGAUCCUGGUCCUUUUUUUAUAGUUCUUGCAUUAACCGGUCCGAAAUUAGGUGUAGCUAUAUCACAAGCUCAUGUUUCUACGAUCUCAAUCUGUAUUUACUUGAAUGAUGCUACAAAUCUCCAUCAAAGGUGGUUCUUUAUUUAUAAUUGAACAAAAGCGC